UUGUGUGUCAUUUCAGGAGCUGUGAAUGAGACUAAGGUGUUGGGUUGUGGGCUCAUAUCAUGGAAACCUCCACCAGGCAAUGAGGGAUUAAAACUGAGUUAUAUUGUCAGGUUCUUUGACGGAGGCACAUACGAAACUAGUGCUAGUGGCUACAGAAGAAUACAGCGCAACAUUGAGAUAGGGAGACAGUGGACAAGAGUUAAUAAUAUUCCUGAUGGUAGAACUGUGUAUGCUGAUAUCCGUGCAAGAGACACAAAUGGUUGUGUUGGUCCUUUUUUAAAAAAUUUGGUUGCCAGUAAGCAUGAUUGGGUUAUGUUGCACAGUUUCAACCAAACAUAUUUUUGUACUAUAGAUUCCACUCUAUGUGCUGACGGCUGUCCUCCCCCUGUACCAUGUCCUGGUAUGUCUCUU